CGUCCGCCGGGCUGGGCACCUCCAACCGAGCUACUAUUCAUCAUUUCCAAGGUUGUCAAGUGGCAUAGUCCUAUUCGAGUGUAUCUGUUGCUGCUUCUGACCAGGACGCGCAAUCACUGUCGACUGCUGCGUGUCUUUCUUCGCUCCAUCCAACCACCCUUGUACGGUGUCAUGCCACUCGAGAAACCAUCGACCAUGUGAUUCUCCGUUAUAUUGCCUGCAAAGACUUUCGGCGCAGGUCGCCUUCACAUUCGCUAUAUUGUUGCAUUGCGCACUACGUGCAGCAGCCGCUCGCCGCUCCCACCGCCAAUACGGACCUCGACCUUGUAUUAUCUCAGCAAGGUCAUAAGAGUGGUCGUCGCUUUCUCCUACGAUGGCGGGCCCCACAGACCGGCCCAAGGCCUUACAUACUUCCCGAUCAUUCACUCGCAUGGAGACAGCCGCACCUCUCGCGACUCGGAAACGAGCGAGUACCUUUCAAGAGGUGGGUAUUGCUACGAUUACCGAAACCGGGACCGCAGGCGGAAAUGUCGCCGACGAGGCCAAACCAAAGACAGACGUUUUCGAAAAUCGCGAGGGUGACGAUGACGAAGACCAGCACGACUCCGAGGCUCAGGGUCAUGGCCUUGGAAAGAGCGGCGUGAAUAGCUUUGAAGAGCUUCCAAUAGAGAUUCGGAGUUUAGCGGAGCGAUUCCUCGAAAGUUUGUCUGCCAAAGUCCAUCCCACACCACUGAAUGCGGAUAACCUCUCUGAGUUAUUCCAGGAUUUCUACGAGCGUGCUGCAUCGCACAUAUCGACACAUAUCGCAACACUGGCCUCGCGCAUAGGACGUGGACCGUCAGCGCAGCAGUCCGCAGCAAAGGGCUUGUUCAAAGGACGAUCGAGAUCUGGCUCGGGCGCAACCAGAGGGUCUUCAGAUGAUCUAGUAGGAAGCGGAGGCGGGGAGAUGCUCACUGCGACCGAAGUUGCAGACAGAAAGCGAGCGCGGAGGCUGCUGGAGAUGCAGCGUUACGCGCUUGAGGAGGCAGUCGAGCGUGGUGUGUGCGAGAGGGUCUAUGACAAGAUAUGGAAACAUCGAAGCACGGACGACGAAGCUCGUGACGAGAAGCUUCGGUCGAGAACCGCCGCUCUGGCGCUCGUAGGAAUUGGGUUGAAAGAGCUACGUAUCGAUCCUGACUCGUCAGCGACGGGAGCAGGCAGAACAGCGGAAGAGAAGGAAGACGAGAUAUACCAAUCAUUGUCCGUCGCGCGGGAAGCUUUGCAGAACAUGAAUGACGAGCGAUACCCUCUUGGCAAGCUUCAACAUCUGACAGCUGCCCACAAAGCAAUCGUUGAGACGCUCUCGAAGGUCUUCCCAUCCACAUCUUCAGCGGAUGAAAUUCUCCCUACGCUCAUCUACACAUUGAUCACUUCUCCGCCAGAUGAGAUGAAUGUUGUGGGAAACCUCGGCUUCAUACAGCGUUUCCGAGCGUCAAGCAAAGUUGACGGAGAAGCAGCCUAUUGCAUGGUCAACCUCGAAGCUGCCAUCUCAUUCCUCGAGACCGUAGAUUUGUCAUCUUUGCGUGCUGACGAGCUCCCCGAAGGACCACCAAAGUCAACGAGCAGACCCUCCACGCCAUCUAGCGAGCUACCACCCCUCAUGCAGCGACCUGCGACCGCUCGGACACUGACACCAGGUCUUACAACAUUGACCGCCACGGCUACGGAACAGAGCAACAGCGACAAAAGUGCAGCAGAAGUUUUGCCUGCAGCCACAACAUCCGACACUCCCUCUAAUCCGCGGCGUAUCUCCACUCUGAUGCAAGCCCAGGCGGAAAGAUUGGAAGCUGGCCGCGAGAACAUCCUCUAUGCGGCAGACAAGAUCUACGACUCAAUUAACGGCACGUUAGACAACAGCUUUCAAUUCAUCUUUGGCCGGUUCAAGGAGCAGGCUGCCGCAGGCGAUCACCAGCUCCCGAAGACUCUGGAAGAAGCUCGGAAGCUGGUCAAUUCGCCCUCGAUUGGUGGGAUCGCAGAUGAUGAAAACCCAGCUUUUGGCAUCCUGGGAAAGCGCGAGUCUUCGAACGAACGACCUAGCGUAACACAUCGGGAUAGCAGCAGCAAGCUGGUCGAUCUAGUUGGCGGCCGCCGCGCGACGCGUGAACAUAGUGUGGACAGCGCUCGGUCCGGCGGCAGCGGCAAACGCGUAGCGUUCGCCUCUACCAUCAACGCGACGGGUCCUGGCCCAGAAUCUGGUGGCACCUUAACUCCACGGGAGCGCGCUGUAGCCUCACUGGCCUCUGAUUCGACUCCAGCUCAAGAACAAAGUCUGCUCGGCUCGUCCCCCGCCAAUCUCUUCGCGUCGAUCAAUCCCUUGAAUCGGUUUGGAAUGCCGACAUUUCCACGCUUCGGGCGUCCUGGACCUACCAGUGCACCGCAAACCGCCUCGCCCACCGCCAUGACCCCAACUGGAGAGCCUAGUGCGGCUACGUCUUCGCUGCAUGGCAAUGUUCGUAAGCCGAGCGAGGGUCGAUCGACCCCAAUAGAACGCAGUGCGACUCCCGCCAACAAGGGAGAUAUCACCAGUAACAACGAAUCAAAUAAGACCGAUGCCGACCCGGAGGAAAGCAAUGCACGCACGGCAUUGGCCACGUUAGGACAGAUUAAACCUCCUCGAAAACGCUUCCUAGAAGUGCCUAGCUCUGCCGAUUUGACCCUCGGCGAAGUCGAGGAUUUGCUCAAUGAGUAUCGGAGAUUGGCUAAGGCCAUUGGAGAGGCACUUGCUAGUUCGUCAUGACGUCAAGCUCGAUCUUGAACUUUGGAGUGAUUAGGUGUGAUUGUCUGCAUGACACCGAUUCUGAUUUUGUCAAAUGGUGUCUCUUUCAUAGGAGUUUGUUGGUGACGAUUCAUGGGGGGAGUGAACGUUUACGCUUGGAGGGAAUUACGUUGUUUUUUUAAGGAACGAAGGUUAUCAGCUGGAUGAAGUCGAGAAUCCAUCACGUCGAGAUUCGUAGAAUAUCAGCUGAUAAUACUGAAUGUCGCCUGUUACAUGUUUUGCAUUGGCCGCACGCAUGGACCGUAAGGAGAAUGGCAUUGUUCCCAUUGGCAGCGGCCAUGGCACAUCCAGCCUUGCAGGGCUGAGCCGAUCGGCGUCGUAGGGCUUAUCGUCACCAGCAUCGCAUCAGCGAGAAAACGGAUGGGAAAAUAUUAAUAACAGCUCUUUAUACAAUGAAUCCCGUC